AUGGAUCGCGAGUUCCCAAUAAUUGAAUGCUGCUCAAAGGUUGGUAGCACUCAGACCUGCCGUGGUGUUGAUGAGUCAAAAUGUUUAUCAAAAGUAGUGGAUCGCUUGGUAGAUAAGGUGCACGACGAAAACCUUUCAUCUAAAGAUGUUUCAGAAAUCAUACGACAGACAAAAGUUGUUACGAAAGAAGGGGGACUAGUCAAACAAGACAUCAGGAACAUUGUGUUCAUUUUAAAGAGAAUGCAAACAAAAAAAAUGACACAAAGUGAUCAUGAGAACUUUAUUCAAUUGUCUAGUAACAUUAUUGGCAGUGAGAGGAAAGAAGUAUGGGGGCAAAUACAGAAUAGAAACGCCUUAGCAAGACAAAUCAUCAAAGGUGCAGAUCUAGUUGCAAAAAAAAUGAUCGAAGAAAAUGGAAAACCUGGAAAGGUGUUUGCAUUCUCCAGCGACAAUAUUAAAAUACUUGGUGUAAAGUUACCUGAAAAUGAAGAUAUUAAUCUCGUAUCUGAGGGCGAAGGUGUUCAGUUUCGUGGACUAGUAACUCACGGUGUAAAACAAGCUACUGUUGUCAAAUACUCGUCAAUUAAGGACAUAUUAUCCUUCGAGGAAUUACAAAAAUCUGUGGAUCACACUAUACAGGCCAACAAGAAUCUCACUAUCCAGAGCACCAUAAUCUCUUUUACAACGAUACCAAAAUUUCUAAAUGUUACUCGACCUAUCAAAAUUGUUCUACAAAAUAAUCAGAGCGGUUUUUUGGAGCCUGUAAGGAAAUGCGUGUUUAUCGAGCCCAGUCUAAACGAUAGCAAGUGGAGCCGUGAAGGAUGUGAACUAAACGAAGCACAAUCUUCGAAAGAAAAAGUUACUUGUGAUUGUGAUCAUAACACAGCGUUUGCAAUCUUGAUGCAUUUCCCAGAUGUUCAGUUAAUGAAAACUUAUCUAAAAGCUCUAGAAUACAUCACAAUCAUUGGAUGUUCAGUAUCACUUUUGGCAAUAAUUUUCACACUCAUCAUGCACGUGUAUUUUUGGAAACAUGUAAAAUCACCCCGAUGUAUAGUUUUGAUUAAUCUUUGCAUCGCCAUUGGUUUUACCGAUAUCUUCUCUAUAGUGGAAGGAGUUGCCAGAAGUAAUCCGGAUUUCUGUAAAGCAGUUGCUGUUUUCUUGCAUUUCUUCCUGUUGUCAGCGUUUGGCUGCAUGCUGUGCGAAGGAAUUCUACUUUACAUCUUGCUCAUUCGAAUUUUUGAUUCCGUUCAUGGAAAGCAUAUCAAGAUCUUCAGUUUUAUUGGCUGGGGGAUUCCGUUGAUUACUGUCACCAUAUCACUUACCGUUACUCAAAGCGAAGGAUAUGGCACCGACUAUUACUGUUGGCUGAGUGUCAAAAAUGAAUUGAAAUUGGCGUUUGUUCUACCGGCAUGCCUUGUGAUUUUUGCCAACACAAUCGUACUCAUCAUGGUAAUCAGAAAAGUGAUGAACUCACACAAAGUCAGACAACAAGAAAAUAUUGAGAAAGUAAAGAAAGGAGUAAGAGCUACAAUUGUUAUCUUACCUAUUCUUGGAUUGACAUGGGUGUUUGGCUUGAUAGCCAUCAAUGAAGAGACUGUAUUCUUCCGUUAUCUUUUUGCCAUUUUUGAUUCCGCUCAAGGAUUGCUUAUAUUCCUCUUUCACUGUGUUCUAAACAAGCAGAUGCGAGAAGCUGUUCAAAAUGUUCACUCAUUCAUUUCUCUUAAAUCUUAGUGGCAAGAAAUCAACAUACUUAGUAAAUGGUGUGUUUAUCAAAGAAUUUCUUAAUUUUUUUCCAGUAUUUUAAAUAUGACAAAAUGCUUUGUUAAGCGAAGUAUUAUUAUAAUUAAUGGUAUUUUGUCAUCACAUUUUAUUUAAUUAUUAGAAUGCGUUGAAGUUAACUUACUUACUUCAAACAAAUAAAAAUUGUGAAAUUAACUGGUUUAUUUGGUUUUCAGUUUCUUCCAGUCAUACACAAAAUUGUCUUGAUGAAAAGAAAGCUA